AUGACUAAUGAUGGACUUUCGAAAGGAAUUUCUGAAAUUGACUCUGUUCUCCCACUAACGUUGAGUUACAAUGAUAUGAAUGUAGAUAUCAUAGACGCAUUGGUACAUAAUGCUGAACAUGUGUCACCAUCUAAGCAUGCGGACGGAAGUACAGUUUUACCAAUUGCAGCUUCAGGCGAGAACAACGUUUCCCAACUAUGUUAUGCUGAUAUAGCUUCCCAAUCUGUUUCAAAAACCUGCAAACAUCAAGUGAACUUUUAUAUGGAGAAAUGA